AUGCCAAUCUGUAUCGUCGAUGGAGGGAUGCACGAGGUUGCAUUGCCGACCUGGGCGCUUAAUUGGCUUCAAUUGAGAGAAUUAACAUGUUUCAAUUACGAGAAACUCCCCAAGGUCACACUCUCCGCCCUCACAGAGACCGGGAAAGCAGGAUCAACCAUUCCAGUGCCGAUGCAACGGUCCUACACUGGUACCAUGCCUGUCAUACCAUCUGCUCUCGCUGACAUUCCCUGCGCCGACCUUGGUAUGAGUGGGGUCUUGAAGGAGCUGAAUGCGACACUCGGCACAUCAUAUACUCUCGAUAACCCCAUCUUGCCCUCCAUUCUCGAAUCCUUCAUCAGACAGGAUUACGACUUUGGCACUCUCUAUGCUAAUUUGCGUCCAUAUUGGUAUGACUUGACCAGUGUCGAAAGCAUUCACAAAUCAUGGAACCAGGAUCAGAAAAUGCGACAAAAGAUAGUCACCAAUAACAGACUCCCCAAUGGAAAUAUUCCUCCCCGGCACAUCUGGGAUCUGUAUGCUAAUCGUGUGGUACCAUACUGGGUUGCCAAUAAAAUAUGGCCUCGGGCAAUAUCGCAUGCAUGGGUGUCUGACGAGGAGCGCAUUAGUGUGUGGACACCCAUUAAUGGCUUUGAAUGGCCUGUGCCGAUCCCCAAAGAUGUAGACCUUAAUCUUGUCCGGAUUGAGAUGUUGAACCUCGGAGCAGAGUAUGUGUGGUUAGAUGUUCUCUGUUUGAGGCAAGAGGGUGGGAAGAGAGAGGAUCUACGCAGAGAAGAAUGGAAAGUUGAUGUUCCCACCAUUGGAGCUAUAUAUCGCAAUGGCACUGAUACAGUGGUGUAUUACCUCAGUGGGCUGGGUCGACCUUUUUGUUUCAAGUCUGGGGACUUGGAAAGUGAUCGGUGUUGGUUCAGGCGUGCAUGGACACUACAGGAGGUUAGCAGCUAUUAUAUCAUUGGUGGGAUGACCGGCACUUAUGGGAUGGAUGAAUACAUGCGAAAAAUUGUCGAUGAACGCCUACAAUCAUUGAAGUAUGUGAGGGGCUGGAAUGUGCUUGACAUACUGCUGGAGAUGCAGAAUCGGGUAUCAACAAAGCCUCUGGAUAAAGUUGCAGGCCUGGUGUACCUUCUCUUCCAAAAGUCUAUCCCAAUAUAUGAUGAAACACAGUCUGAAGAGGAGGCUUGGGAUUUGCUGGUAGAUGUCAUGGCUAUGCGGCAUCACAGGGAUUUGCUCUUCUUUUACCCUGAGCCUGGGAAUGGACACAGACAUUGGCAACCAUCAUGGAAACAGGUAAUGACAAUGCCACAUCUACCCCAGACUAGGUCUGCUCUGUUUUCAGCAGUCACUUGGCCUAAGGAGACAGAUGCCAACUGGUGUGAGUGUACCUGUAUUGUGUGGGGCAUUGUGCGUGGAUUGGGUGAGGUAUCAAACACAGGGAUACCUCGAAAGGGCAAGUUGAUGAUUAAAGAUCUGUUUGGGACAUCCCACACAUUCAAGGUCAUCACUGAUCAUGCAUACCCCAUCCCUGAUGGUUCAUAUACCCUCAUAGGUGCUGGCUAUUUUUCUGUUGACAUCUUAGAACAUUGGGUAGUUGGGCACUGGCAGCAACGAUGGGAUCAUUGGCAUGGGACAUUUGAAAAGGUUUCGGUCAUCCGUAUUGCAGAUCCUGAACAAGAUUGGAAUCCUGCCCAACAUUACAUUGCAACACUAUAUCAUAGAAUGUUUCUUUGCUGA